GUAAGUGUCAGCUCAGUAUAUUUCAUAAACAAACUCAAGCUUUGUGUUAUGUGUGCCUUCAUAAGAUAAAGUAUUCAUCUAAACUUUCAUAAUACACGACCGUCUUGCCGCUAAAAUUUGACUCGAUCGAACGUAAUAAGUAUGUCCCACCCUUUUCGGCGCGCUGCACAUCAAGUUUGUUUUUUGAGGCAGCGUUUUACUAAUCGUUCAUACUCCGGCCGUACUGAGCCACCAACCUCCAAGCAGAUCCGACAACGUUUUUUAGAUUUUUUUAUCGGCGAAAAUGAUCAUCAUUUGGUACGGUCCAGUGCGGUGGUUCCAUUCAGCGAUCCCACCAUAGCCUUUGUUAAUGCUGGGAUGAAUCAAUUUAAAAAUGUGUUUCUCGGAACAACAAAAGCUCCGUACCCGCGAGUGGCAAAUUCACAAAAGUGUGUUCGGGUAGGUGGUAAGCAUAAUGAUAUCAGCGUUGUCGGCAGUGAUGGAUACCAUCAUACAUUUUUUGAAAUGCUGGGGAAUUGGUCGUUUGGGGACUACUUCAAAGCCGACGCUUGUGAAAUGGCUUGGCGAUUACUGACAGAGGGAUACGGAAUUGACAGUAAUCGGUUAUAUGUAACAUAUUUUGGAGGUGACGAACCGAUGGGAUUGCCUGCUGAUUUGGAAUGUCGUGAUAUUUGGGUCAGAUUAGGUGUUCCGCCGGACAGGAUUAUCCCUUUCGGAGCUAGGGAUAAUUUUUGGGAAAUGGGUAGAUCAGGACCCUGUGGGCCUUGUACCGAAAUUCACAUUGAUCAUUCAGAAAACUUUCUAGAUACAAAACGUCGAAAGCGUUUUGUAAAUGCUGGUAGGCCCGACCUGACCGAAGUAUGGAAUCUAGUGUUUGUACAAUAUAACAGAAAUUUAGAUAGUGGGAAAAUUAGCAAUCUACCUCAACAGCAUGUAGACACGGGAUUAGGCUUAGAAAGACUAGUAUCCCAUCUCCAAAAUAAGAGUAGUAAUUACGAUACAGACUUAUUUAUGCCUCUUAUCGAGCAUAUGCACAAAGUUUCUCGUAAAGAUGAAUAUAGCGGAACAUAUAACAUUCGAAACAAAAAGUAUGAAUUAGACACUGCGUAUCGCUUAGUAGCUGACCAUUCCAGAAUGAUUACGGCAUGUUUAUCUGAUGGAAUGUUUCCGUCACAAAACCAUAAGUUACGUCGUAUCUUACGCCGAUCUUUAUCGCUUUCGGAACGUAUUUUCAAUUGUCCAACUCUAGUACACCAGUUAGUACCACUCGUUGUUGAAAGCUUGGGCAGCACAUAUCCUGAAAUGGAGAAAAGGCUUACUGAAACGCAGCUUAUCAUUAAGCAUGAGGGAGAAUCCUAUCGAAAACUCUGUUCCAAUUUGCGCAGCGAGUCUCGACCGCUACUGCAAAAGUACUCUUACCUUGAUGAGGCCGAUUUAGUUGAUCAUCCUGGUUUAACGUACGCACUGGCGGAAAUUGAAAGACUGAAGGCAAAAGAGCGUAUCGCAAGCCUCAAUGGGAACCAGAUUCAUAAGAUGUAUGACACCUAUGGACUAGAUGAAGAUUUACUUGUUAGAAUAGCUGAGCGAGAAAACUUACAGCUUGAUUUGGAUGGGUAUGAGAAUUAUUCCAAGCAUUUUAAAGAUGGUGCUAAACUCGAGCUUGCCACACGAUUGCAGCAAACUCUCAACUCUUCCUUUGACCUUAAACAAGGUUUACAUCAUGCUCAAGUAUGCCCUACCCGCAACGAAUACAAGUAUAAUUAUAGUUUCAAUUCAGAAAAAGGCAUGUACGAUAUUCCACAAAUUAAAACCAAAAUCACCUCAAUAGUUCCAAUUGAAACAUCGCUUUGCCACGUGAUAACCGAAAAAAGCAAUUUUUAUUUCGAAUCUGGCGGACAGCAAAGUGAUACAGGUCGGCUUUGGUUAGCAGAUGAUGCCUCUAAACAAUAUGAUAUUAUUAAAGUAGUUGAGCACAACGGGUUUAUCCUACAUACCAUCGAAACCAAUGAUCCAAUGGAGCUACCAAUAGGAAAAGAGAUAAUUUUAGCAGUUGAUGCGGACAGACGAAGUUUUAACAUAAUGCAUCACACCGCGACACAUUUGCUGAAUUCCGUUACUAGACAAGUGCUACAAGUUCCCAUUUGCCAGAGGAGUAGCUUCGUUGGCGAUAAAGGUCUCAAAUUAGAACUGGUGGUAUGUGGUCCCGCAAUCGAAGUUAGUCAUGUAGAAGCGAUAGAGAAUCAAAUUCGUAAAUUAAUCCAACAAAAUGCACCGGUUAGUACUCGUGUUUGCAAUUCGUGUGAUUUGGAUUUUGACCAGAUUACUACAAUACCCGGAGAAAUCUAUCCGGAGCACAACCUGAGAAUUGUGGAGAUUGGAAAGAACCUAUCCACCGAACUCUGCUGUGGAACUCAUGCGCAAUCAACCGCUGAAAUACAAGAGUUUUGCAUCACAAAUUUAGUUCAGACCAAACCUGGAUGCUACGCUUUCCACGCUAUUGCCGGGAAAGCUGCAGUCAAAGCUUAUCUUUUAGGAAGGCAAAUAAGCGACGAUGUGAAUCAACUGAAAGAUGACAUGGAUAAACAAUUAGUUAAAGAUAUGACUAGCAUAGAAACACGUAUGCAGCGAUUGAAAAAUGUGUUGCUUGUCGGUUCGGAAAAUAACAUCAAUCUGCCAUACGCUCUCCGACAGCAAUGCCUAGAGGUUAUCCAUGAACUAUACCAACGGCUAAAGGAUCAUACCCGCGAAUCGCUUCGAAAGUUUAUUGAUAUGGAAAUGAGGAACCUGCAACAGGAGAAACCACUGGACAGUCACCCAUUUCUUGUUCACUUUUUGGAAAGUUCCUUCAUUCUUGAAGAAGUUCAGUUGAAUAAAGCUACCCGACAUUUCCCUGAUCGGCCGAUUUUGGUGAUAAGUAUUACGGAUGAUCAUGUCAAAGCGCGUGCCACCGUACCCGCUGCAAAAGUUAACGAGAAUUUCGAUGCUCAUAAAUGGGCAACAGUGGUCGCGAAUGUAUUCAAAGCGAACAUUUCCGCCCCGAAAGGACAAAACCCUGCCCAUGUGUGUAACAUGCGAAGUAGAAAAGUGAAAACGCUGCGAUUUGAAGCACUGUUAGAGCGUGCAAUGAGAGAGGCGAACGAUUUUGCUCGAAAAAGUAUGUAGCAAUAGGAUUAUUUAUUGUUUACUACCUGUUGUCUAGGUUUAUAAUAAUAGAUACUUAAGUUGCUCAACUAGCAAGAAAGGUCUUAAUUUUGCAAUAUGCGUAGCAUUCACUUCCCUUUCUUCAUUCGUAGAAUCCUAUUGAACGAUUGAUGUGUAAGGUAAGAUUCAAAAUUCUACCUUCUCUGUAUUUUUGACACUGAUUUCGCAGCCACGAUUCGGAUUUACGACUACUGGCUCGUAAUUCAAUAGUAACUUUCACUUUGUAUAGAUCAAUAAUGGCGCCGGCUACGUCGUUAGGGCCGCUUAGUGAAGUAGAGCAAGAAGUGUUACAAUCGUUGUCAGAGAUCGAGUUAAUCGCUGUAUCUUUAACAACUAAUAACGGAAGGAAACGUUUUUUUGUCACCGUGGUCAGUGAGGGACGCAGUUGUAUACUUUUACCCUUCCUCUACACGCUUAUACUGAUAUUCUUUACUGAGGCUCGUUAGUUUUUCUGCCAAAUAUCGCCAAUUUAACUAUAGUGCUUGUAAUAAGCACCAAUAACCUAGAUUUCAUGGCAGAUGUCACUUUGUGACGUUUUUCUCAAUUACGUGAGUCCCGUAAUAGGACUGUAUUCACUUCACUCCGAUUUCACCGUGAAGUGACUAGUAUAAUAAGCCUUGACUUUUUCAACAUCGAUUUUUUUGGGACACCCUAGUAUUCAUUCAACUGCGCGUGAAUUCGUUUCUCUUGAAUUUAUCAUGAGUAGGGUCAAGUAGCGAGAUGGGACGGAGGCUAAGAAUAAACCCAUGCGUAAAAUUCUCCCUCAGAUAUUAAACGAUCUGAUUCUAUUGAGAUUCGAACAUUCAACCAUUUGCUUGUUUAAGCAGACUGUCAUGUUGAGACUGCGAGCUCCCGUGAUAAUCGGGUUUGUUCUAACGCUCCAUUUUUGAGCAUAAUCGAAAUAACAAAAGAAAUAAUUCAAUACAAGAAAACGUUGUUUACAAUUUAUGUUGAUAAAACCACCUAGUUUAUUCUUUUGCUUACCUCUGUGGUAUACCUUUAUGAAUAGACCUUAGAGACAAAAUCCAACGACAAAUGAGAGAGUUGUAACUUGGUAUUUUUUGAGUCAGAAGAAUCAUAAUUUAAAUUUAUAAAUAUUUAUUGUAGAUGUUACAAGGAAUAAAAGUGUAUGUUAUGCA